AAGGGCAGAAAAGUGAGGAGCGGCGCGUGUUCCUUACUACCCAAUCAUCAGCAACGUGGGGGUCGGGUUCCCGGAAAGCUGUUUCCCACGCGCAGACUCCCGCGCGUGAAAAAGCGUCGCCCUUUUUCUGUCAUUCAUCUGAGGGUGGAGUAGCCGUACGUGUAUCUGCUCCACUCUCAUUCGCUUUGCUAUUUCGGUCUCAUUCACUUCUUCACUCACUCACUCACUCUCUCACACAGCACAAACCUCUUUUCCCUCUCAUCAUCAUAAGCCAUCUUCUUCUCCGAUCGCAUGGACACUCGCCGGAAACUCAAAUCCCGGCCACUCUCCGGCUAAAUGCUCCCUUCCCCCGAGUCCCGGAGCGACGACGACGACGAUGAUGCAGAAUACGUGAUCGUGAUCAUCCCUUCCAUUCCAGAGACCACUGUUUCCGUGACAAUCUCAUCCGCACUCUCUCGCAAUGGCGGCGACGAACGCCGGCGCGUUGGUGGAGUCGUCCUCCGCCGACGAAGCGGCGGCGAAGACGGCACAGAAGCGCUACGAGGGGCUUCUGAUGGUUCGAAACAAAGCGAUAAAGGGAAAAGGCGCAUGGUACUGGACACACCUGGAACCCUUACUGGUUCACAACACCGAAACGGGACUCCCCAAAGCAGUGAAACUCCGUUGCACCCUCUGCGACGCUGUUUUCUCCGCCUCCAACCCUUCACGCACCGCCUCCGAACACCUCAAACGCGGCACGUGCCCCAAUUUCAACUCCGCCGCCAAACCCAUUUCUUCUGUCUCCCCUGUUGUCGUUCCUUCUUCUUCGCCCUCUUCAGCUUCUCCCUUUUCGGCUCAGCACAACCAUCGCAAGCGAACAACGACUUCGCCUUCUGCUUCGGGUUCCGGUUCGGGUUCCCUCUACCACGCGCCAUCGCGGUUCGGGUCGGCUUUGGUUCCGCAGCAGCCGCAUUUGGUGCUGUCAGGUGGGAAAGAGGAUUUGGGGGCUUUGGCCAUGUUGGAGGAUAGCGUGAAGAAGCUGAAGAGUCCCAAAACUUCUCCUGGGCCCGCUUUGAGUAAGGCCCAAAUCGAUAGCGCGAUUGAGUUUUUGGGCGAUUGGGUAUACGAGUCUUGUGGCUCCGUGUCUUUCGCGAGUUUGGAGCACCCGAAGUUCCGAGCUUUUCUGUCACAGGUUGGUUUGCCGGCGGUGUUUCCACGAGAGCUGACAGGGGCGAGGUUGGAGGCGAGGUUCGAGGAGGCUAAGGUUGAGUCGGAGGCGAGGAUCAGGGAUGCGAUGUUCUUUCAGAUUGCGUCUGACGGGUGGAAGUGGAAUGGGAAUGUGAAUGAGAAUGGGAAGAGUUACGAUUCUGGGUUGGUGAAUUUGAGCGUGAAUCUUCCGAAUGGGACCAGCUUGUACAGAAGGGCGUUGUUUGUUACUGCUUCUGCGCCUUCCAAGUAUGCGGAGGAGGUUCUGUGGGAGACAAUAACUGGCAUUUGUGGGAAUCUCGUGCAACAGUGUGUUGGGAUAGUUGCAGACAGGUUCAAGGCCAAGGCUUUGAAAAACUUAGAGAAUCAGAAUCAUUGGAUGGUUAAUCUCGCUUGUCAGUAUCAGGGCUUCAACAGUUUGAUAAAGGACUUCGCCAAGGAACUCCCCUUGUUCAGGGCUGUGGUUCACAAUUGUCUCAAGCUCGCCAAUUUGUUCAAUUACACCUCGCAGCUGAGGAACAGUUUCCACAAGUACCAGCUGCAGGAGUACGGCCACACCUGGCUCCUGCGGGUUCCCCUGCACGAGUUUGAAUUGGGACCUGUGUAUGCUAUGAUGGAGGACACGUUGAGCUCGGUUCGGGCCUUGCAGUUGGUGCUGCUGGAUGAGCCGUUCAAGAUGGUGGCCAUUGAGGACCAGGGCGCCAGGGAGGUUGGGGACAUGAUUCGGGAUGUGGGGUUCUGGAAGGACUUGGAAGCCGUUCAUGGUUUGGUGAAAUUGGUGAAGGACAUGGCUCAGGAGAUUGAGGCAGAGAGGCCUCUGGUUGGGCAAUGCCUUCCCCUUUGGGAUGAAUUGAGGGCAAAAGUGAAGGAUUGGUCCUCCAAGUUCCACAUUGCAGAAGGGGUGGUGGAGAAGCUGGUUGAGAGAAGGUUCAAGAAGAAUUACCACCCUGCUUGGGCUGCUGCUUACAUUCUUGACCCGCUUUACUUGGUGAGGGACACCAGUGGCAAGUACCUUCCACCAUUUAAGUACUUGACACCGGAACAGGAGAAGGAUGUUGAUAGGCUCAUAACUAGGCUUGUUGCUAGAGACGAAGCACAUAUUGCUCUGAUGGAGCUGAUGAAGUGGAGAACAGAAGGGCUUGACCCGGUAUAUGCUCAAGCUGUUCAGAUGAAGGAGAGGGAUCCAGUUACUGGGAAGAUGAGGAUUGUGAAUCCACAGAGUAGUAGGCUUGUGUGGGAAACUUAUUUGACUGAAUUCAAGUCCUUGGGGAAAGUUGCAGUGAGGCUAAUAUUCCUUCAUGCAACCUCAUGUGGCUUCAAAUGCAAUUGGUCCUUGUGGAGAUGGGUUUGUGCUCAUGGCCAUCACUCCAGGACUGCACUCAACAAGGUGCAGAAGUUGAUAUUCAUUGCAGCACAUUCCAAACUUGAGAGAAGGGAUUUUUCCAAUGAUCAAGACAAGGACGCAGAGCUGUUCACCUUGGCAAAUGGUGAGGAUGAUGUGUUAAACGAAGUUCUUGUUGAUACAUCCUCAGUGUAACAUUUUUUUUUAUUUGCCCCCUUUUUUUUCUUUUUGGGUUAAUUUACUCAGUUAGGAAUUUUAAUUUUUUAGGAUUUAUUGAAUUCUUUCCACUACCCUUUUCUUCCAUCUUUCUUUUUCACCCCUCUGCAUUUUGAACACUCACUGGAAGGACUUUGAGCAACUCUCCAUGUUUAUUUACCCUGCCAUGAUCGUCAAGUUGUUAAAUAUAGGAAAGCGGGAAAGAUUGUAAUGCCCGAACUGGAAGGAUGUUGUAGAAAUUUUAUUCCUCUUGUAGUUUGAGAUAAAUAAUAUUUGUUAAGGGGAAAUUUUUAUCGAUUCUCCUUUGAUUUUAAGACCUUUUUCCCUCUCAAACUUUCUCACAGUGUUUGUAACUUAAGAAGCAUG